GUCAAGUCAACCAAAAUAUUUUUGUGUUGGUCUCGCAGCUGUUCAACAUACAUUGUUUAAUUAGAUAUCUUUAAAAUAAAUAAAAAGUAUCGCCUUACAGCGCAGCCACCGUAAUGUUUUUUUAAUUGUCUUGUUUCGUUGCUGGAUCGUAGAGCGAAGUAUAUUUUUUAUUUAAGUUUUUGGACUUAAAAAUGGGGAAUCAGCUGGCAGGAGUAGCUCCCUCGCAGAUUUAUCCUGUGGAGCAUUAUCUUAGCGAUCAUGUUGACCUACAUUUUGACCAGAGCCUCGGCUCCACCCGUUUCCUGAAGGUGGCUCGAGCCCGCUCUCAAGAAGGACUUGUUGUGGUGAAAGUCUUUGCUGUGCAUGAUCCAUCGCUGCCUCUGGCUGAACACAGGGAGAAGAUUCUGAAGAUCAAGGAGCAACUUGCUUCUGCAUUUAACUGUUUGCCGUUCCAGAGAGUUAUAUUGACAGAUAAAGCAGGUCUGAUAAUGCGCGAGUACUGCAAAUGCAGUGUGUACGACCGCAUGUCCACGAGGCCCUUCCUCACCACACUGGAGAAGAAGUGGAUCACAUUCCAAGUGCUGUAUGCUCUGCAUCGCAUGCACAAGUUGGGGAUCUGCCACGGUGAUAUUAAGCUUGAGAACAUUAUGGUGACGUCAUGGCUAUGGGUGCUCCUGACCGACAUAGCGUCGUUCAAGCCUACAUUCCUGCCCGAUGACAACCCCGCAGACUUCAGCUACUUCUUCGACACUUCUAGAAGGAGACUGUGCUAUGUCGCGCCUGAGAGAUUUGUGAGAGCGCCUGACCCUAACAUUAGGCCAGCGGCCGACGACAAAUCAGGUGGUUUAUUGCUGAGCGAGUCCCCGUGCAAAGUCGGGGAGCUAGUGCCUAGUAUGGACAUAUUUUCUGCGGGUUGCGCCCUACUAGAACUAUGGAACGACGGUACACCAGCUUUGGACUUGCCUGGCCUUCUGUGUUACCGCAACGGGGAAGAUAGGCCUUCAACCAUGACCCUGCCCGAAGGUCAUGACCCCAGGUUGAGGAAUUUACUGCACUCCAUGACUGAGAGGAACCCGAGGGAUAGAAAGAGCGCCGAGUUGUAUUUAGACGAAGCUAGGGGCAACUUGUUCCCGGAAUACUUUUACUCGUUCCUCCAGUCUUACAUGCUGAUAUUCUCAGCCCAGCCCAUCCUGCCAGCCGAUGAGAAAAUCCUUCGCAUCCAUCAAGACAUCAAGAACAUCAUAAAAAUCUUCACUCAACCCUCGGACACAAAAAACUAUAAGGACCUAGUCGAAGAGGCAACAGUUAAACAGACCGGCAUUGAAACAUUACAAAAAGACGGGUUCAAAGUGAUGUCGUUGAAUACCACAGACGAUGACGAAGAAGAAGAAGAAAUUGUGAAUGUGCAACAGGACAGUGAGGGGUUGAUUUUGAUUACGUCAUUGGUGACGUCAUGCAUAAGGGGGUUGCAUCAUUGUACGUCGAAGUUGUACGCGUUGGAGAUUUUGCAGUUGCUAUGCGAGAAUUCCAGUUCGGAGACUAUAUUGGAUCGGAUACUGCCGUACAUUAUCCACCUCUCCCACGACAGCUUAUCCCGCGUGCGCGCAGCGGGCGUGCAAGCGGCGACGCGAUGCGUCCGUCUCGCUCGCUCGCUGCCGCCCGCCGACUGCAACGUGUUCCCGGAGUACGUGCUGCCGGAGCUGGCGCCCAGGGCCACGGAUCCCGCGCUGGCGGUGAGGAUAGCGUACGCGAAUAAUAUUGCGAAAUUAGCAGAAACUGCGGUACGUUUCCUCGACCAGACACAAAAUAUGGUGGAUAAAGAAGCUGCUAAAAUAAACUACGAAACGGAAUUGUCCGCUCUACACGAAAUGGUCCGAUCGACUGUGUCAUACCUCCUGACUGACUCGCAAGCAGUAGUCAAACGCGCUCUAGUCGACAAUGGAAUCACCAAACUGUGCAUAUUCUUCGGGAAACAGAAAGCAAACGACGUGAUCUUAUCGCACAUGGUAACGUUUCUAAACGACAAGGAGGAAGUGGCGUUACGCGGAUGUUUCUUCGACCGAGUGGUGGGGGUAGCCUCGUAUGUCGGACAACACGCUGCACCUAUUUUAGUGCCUUUAUUGCAACAGGGCCUAACUGACCAGUCGGAAUGGAUCAUAGCGAAAGCGUUGCGGGCCACCAGCAGCCUCGCCGAGUUAGGAUUGCUGCCGAAACAGUCGCUGUGCGAUUUAGUAGCGGAGAGUGCGGUGUACCUUGCUCAUCCUAAUUUGUGGAUAAGGCACGAGGUGUGCGGCUUGGUGUCGUGCGUGGCAAGUCUACUGAACCCUAUUGAUGUGAACUGCAAGAUACUGCCUUUGGUGUGGCCCCAUCUUAAACACAAGCUUAUACAGGUUGAGCGAGCAGAAUUAUUGCUAGAGAGUCUAGCCGAGCCCAUACCGAGGAAAGUUCUAGAUGCGGUGCUAAGGCACGGUGAUGUUGAUAGGCUGGUGCAGACCUUGAGGGAGAGGCGGAACACCAGGAUUAAGGCCAAGCAGGGAUCAAUCCCGCAGUACUCCGAAAUGGGUCAGCAAAUGAGAAAUCUCUUUAGGAGGCUGGCGUCUGAUGGAAUGACUGAGCAUGUAGAGAACCAAUUGUUGGCGAUGAGUACUCACCUCAUUAAAAUCCAGGGUUCGUCAACACAGCACAUAACAGAAGCCCCAGGCCGCCUGGUCCUCCAGCACACUGGCAUAUCGAAGUCAGUGCCUCUGGUCUCCCCAUCGGAUGCCCUCAACCCUGAUAAAUUGUAUUCCUCCACGCAGAAAAGAACCGCCAAAACGUCUGUGUCGCACGAGACUCACAUGAACACGGAAUGGCAACAUAUGUUCGGCCACUCGCAGGACCACAGUGUGAGGGGCCAAACAGAAUCUGCGGCUACAUCGCAAGCGGGCGUCGCGCCGGCCACAGUGCAGCAAACCGUGUCAGUACAACCGUCGCACUCUAUGGGGCAGAGCGCUAGCUACGUGCAAUAUAGCAUGGCCCCGUGCCGCGUUGAGUUAAGAAAUCUUACGGCGCGUAUGCAACAAAAAUUCCAAAAAUCUGUGCGUAGCAACGAGGAAUGCAAUGAAAGCAGUCAAGACACAGCCCCGCCGGCGUCUUGGAGGCCCGGAAACCAGUUGUUGGCAUAUCUACAUGAGCACAAAGCCCGGGUGAACCAACUAGUGACAUUGGCCGCUCCGAGCAAUCUGUUCGCCUCGUGUUCCGACGACGGUACCGUGCGACUGUGGGACGCAAAGUUACAGGGGCACGCUUAUGUUAACAGGUCGAAGUCUAUGUACAACAGAGCGGCGGGCCCCGUUAUCUCAAUGGCGGCGUGCGAGGGCGGACAGUCUUUAGUAGCCGCUACACAAGACUGCAUAUUUGUGCUAAGACAAAGCGGGUCGUCCCGCAUGACGAUGUCGCAGUGCCGGCAGCUGGAGCCGCCGGGCUGCGCGGCGCUGUGCGGCGUGGGUGGCGCGGGCGCGGCCGUGCUGGCCUACGCCACGCUCGCCGCCACCGUGCUCGGCUGGGACCUCAGGGCGCCCGAUAACGCAUGGAAACUACAAGGCGACCUGAAGCAAGGAGUGUACACGUGCUUGUACGCAGACAAUUCUGGUUAUUUGGCGGUUGGCACUUCCAGUGGCGCCAUCUCUGUUUGGGACCUGAGAUUCCAACUGCCCGUCAGUAACGUCAAACAUCCUAAUGCGGAGCGCGUCCGUCGCAUCAUCGGUUUCGGCACCAACAGCUCCCAGAUUUGGGCGAUAGGCGGCCGGGACUCGGGCGCCUGGUGCUUGGAAUCUACGCAGAGGACUCACGCGCUAUGGCCGUGCACCAAUUCUCCGCAGCCGCUGCAGUAUAACACCCCGGCGUCGCACUACAUGAGCGCGGCGUACUGCGGCUCGCGGGCGGGCUCCCGGUUCCUCGUCACGGGCGGCUCCGACCAGCGGAUACGGCACUGGGACCUCGAGCAUCCGGAGGACUCCUACAUACUGGUUCACGCCCCGGGGGACCAGUUGAAUACGCCCGGUUCCGUCAAAUAUAGGAGUAGAAUAAUUGACGGCACUACAGUUAUACAAGAGUGUUGCAAACUGAAUCCCACAAUACCAGCGCCACUGAUAGAAGACAACGUUUACCGCACGGUGGAGUCUAGAUCUUUCUACCAUACGGCGCCGAUCACCGAUGUUACCAUAGUAGAAGGCAGUAAGAACUACUUGGUCAGCUCGUCGGCAGAUGGCGUUAUAAAUGUGUGGAAAUGAUUCGAAAUUUGAAAUUAAACGUUAGAUUUUUAAAAUAGCUUUACCAGAAAUAUAGCAUCUACGCCAUAUUGCGGAUUCAAAUGUGAAUUAUUGAAAAAAAAAGUAAGCCUUGUUUAUGGAUCCUUAUUUGACACAAAUAUUGUCAAAAUUACCUCACCAUUACUCAAUAUGACAUUAACUAUUUGGUAUAUUUCUGUUCAAGCUAUAACAUAUUUUUUUAAAGUCAACUUUUUAAUUAUUAAAGUUCGAGUUUGAAAUGUUUGUUCUAAUGUCAGAUUCGGAUAUAAUUUUGAAGUAAAUUGAACAUCGAAUUCGAAAUUUAAAAACUUGUUACCAACGAUGCCUAUUGGUGGAAUCACAUUGACAAGGCUAGAUAAGUUCCCAUUUGCACUUACUGGGGACAAAUGAAAUAACGUAACUGAGAGAAUCAUGAGGCUCAUUAAAAUUAUUAUUGUUAAUUCACAUAGUAGGAAUAGCUUUCAUAUGUUACAUAUUUUUAUUAGAUAAUUUCAAUGUUUUAGCCUAGUAUAAUCUUUGCCCACUGUGAUGUCGUACUAAUAAGUUAGGUAAGAUUAGCUUUCUUAAUAUUUUUUACUAAAGUUCCUUUUACAUUUUGUGAUAUUUUGAAUGAUUAUGGACAUUCUAUUUGUAUUUUUUUAAUAGCUGUAGAAUAAUACGCCAUGAGGGCAAUUUAUUUACUAUUUUCCCAAAUAAACAUUAGUUUUACAAUAUUUUUUUUUAUUUUUAUUUCCGCAUAGAAGUUAGUUUUUAAAGAAAUGGCUAGCCUUUUCAUAUAUGUAUUUAUUUAAUAUGGCGAUAAAGGCUUCAAUAAAAUAACGCCGACGACCGCACUGGGAAUGCAAAUGAAACUGUUAAAAUAUAAAAAUUUAGAAAAAACUAGUAUAGUAUAAAUUUUUUUGAAGAUACCGAAAAAAGUUGUUAAUGUUGUCGUUAUUAAAGUUUGUAAAUUGCUAAGUCACUCCAAGACGGCUUGUACCACAUGUGCUAUCUACACGGGUGAACAAAAUAGACUUAAAUGUAUCAUUUCACUUAAAAAAUGUCACUCUGUUAUACAUUAUUAUUAAUAUUUUGUUCACCUUGGGAUCCGUACACUAGAGUGAAAAAUGGUGACAUUUUCUACUUAAAUCCUUAUAAUAACUUUCAAGUUAACACAGGUAAAUAUAUCAAUCCCCUGAGAAAUUACUUUUAAAUAAAGUGUUUUUUUUAAUCAUGAUGGGUCGAAUUAAUUAAUGGUUUUCAUUUAUAAGGACUACACCCACUUUACCGCUUCAUUUUCUACGAAGCUGGACAUGCUCGUUUUAGUUAAGUGCUUAUUUUAGUUAAGUUUGGUCACAUAGAAAAGUAAGUCAACUUUCCUAUACCGCCCACGGUAGACAGGACCACAUGCGAACCCAAUUAUUGGCUCAGUGUAUACGCAGCUUUAGUCUAACGGCGGUUUUGACCCCAUGUAUUGUCCCCUUGCAGGGGUGGGGGUAGAAAAUGUUGUAUACCAGUUUUUCAGUUAUACCAAGCCUAACACAUUUGAGAAAAUAGAAUUCAAAUCAGAGCAAUAAGUUUCGCGUGAUGCAAGUAUAAUACAAAUACACAGACAAAUUCUAAAAAUCACAUGUUUUAGCUUCUGUUGGCCUUAUAUCGAUCCCCCCACAUUGAUUUUCUGGCAAUAUCCUUAUCAAGUACAGUACAUUGGUCAGUUACAAUUUUAUUAUAUGUAUGGAUUGCAUGAGAGAAAUAGAAAAUGGCGAAUCUUGUUUAAACUAAAAAUAAAACGACUGAAGUUAUUGUAGAUUCAAAUAUUAUAUUGGUAUUAAGUAUAGCUAUUGAUAUAGAUUAUUGCAUGUACAUAGAUAAGAUAAUUAUUUUAAUAACUCAAUUUUCAUUAAUAAAACUGUUUAAAUGUU